ACUCACCUCUUAGUGGACUCCACAGCUCUGCCAAACCUCUCUUUCUUCUCAUCUAUUUCUGUUUUUUCCUUAUCUUCAAAAUGUCCAUCCGUACUUACCGACAAUCCUAUGGGGCCGGUGGAAGCAGCAGCAGUAUGGGAGGUGAUUAUGCCUUUGGUGUUGGUCAAAACAGAAACAGACGUGGAUUCUCCUCGCAAUCUGCAGUUGUUUUUAGGUCGGCUCCGAUUGCGUCCUCAAGUGUCUCUAUGCUUAGGUCAAGCAUGGGUGGUGGUGGUGGUGGUGGUGGUGGGGCUGGUGGAAGUUAUGCAUUUGCAGCUGGAAGUGGCGGAGCUUUUGGAAGUGGUGGAGCUUUUGGGACUGGCGGAGGUUAUGGUCUGGGCGGUGGAGGUAUUAUGGUGCCCCCCAUCACAAACGUCCAAGUCAACCAGAGCCUGCUCACCCCAAUGGACAUUAAGAUCGAUCCUAGCAUCCAGGUGGUCCGUACCCAAGAGAAAGACCAGAUUAAGGGUCUGAACAACCGCUUUGCCAGCUUCAUUGAGAAGGUGCGCUUCCUGGAGCAGCAGAACAAAAUGUUGGAGACCAAAUGGAGUCUUCUGCAGGAACAGACCACUACCCGCUCCAAUAUUGAUGCCAUGUUCGAGGCCUACAUUGCUAACCUGCGCAGACAGCUGGAUGGACUCGGCAACGAGAAGAUUAAACUGGAGUCGGAGCUGAAGAACAUGCAGGGCAUGGUAGAAGACUUCAAGAACAAAUAUGAGGAUGAAAUCAAUAAGCGUGCUGCGAUGGAGAAUGAAUUCGUUCUCCUCAAGAAGGAUGUUGAUGGUGCCUACAUGAACAAACUUGAGCUUGAAGCAAGAGUCGAUGCUCUUCAGGAUGAGAUCAACUUCCUCAGAGCUGUCUACGAUGCAGAGCUGCGUGAGCUCCAGAGCCAGGUCAAGGACACUUCAGUUAUCGUGGAGAUGGACAACAGCCGUAAUCUGGACAUGGAUGCCAUCAUUGCAGAAGUGAAGGCUCAGUACGAGGACAUUGCCAACCAAAGUCGUCAAGGCACAGAAGAGUGGUAUCAACAAAAGUACAGGGACAUGGAAGCCUCUGCUGGUCAGUAUGGAGAUGACCUUCGCAGCACUAAGAACGAGAUCUCAGAACUCAACCGGAUGAUUAGCCGUCUCCAAAAUGAGAUCGACGCAGUCAAAGCACAGCGUGUCAACCUUGAGGCUCAGAUUGCUGAGGCUGAGGAGCGUGGUGAGUUGGCUGUUAGAGACGCCAAGUCCCGUAUCAAGGAUUUGGAAGAUGCCCUACAGAGAGCCAAGCAAGACAUGGCCCGCCAAGUUCGGGAGUACACAGAACUCAUGAACCUCAAACUGACUCUUGACAUUGAGAUUGCUACCUACAGGAAACUGCUGGAGGGAGAAGAGGAAAGGCUUGGCAGUGCAAGUGCAACUGUCCAUAUUCAGUCCUCAGGAUCCAUGGGCGGCUCUGGUGGUGGUGCAGGGAGCGGAAUGGGAAUGGGAAUGGGCAUGGGUGGCAUGGCCAUGGGUGGAGGCAUAGGCAUGAGUGGUGGCUAUGGCACCCUGAGCCGCAUGAGCAUCGGCGGCGGCGGCAGCGGCGGCGGAGUUAGCAGCAGUACCAUGAUGACAACAAGAACCAACCUCAGCUCUCGCCGCUGAUCACUCCCCUCCUGGGCCUAUUAAGUCUCUUUCUGUCCAUCAGAGGAAAAAAAAAAGUUCUUUCACAUAUUAAUGCAUUUACUGUUCUCUAUACUUCUACGGUUCUUUGUUUCGAGCAGCAUACACACUCAGAGAGUCAGUGGUUCCAUCAAAGCCCAAGCAACGGCAGAGCCAUUGUGAGAGCUCCAACAAAUAAUAGAGCAACCAAAUGAGUCAGUCCUCUCGUGUGCUCAUGGCUGUCUUUGAGUUGCGAGACAUGCUGUCCUUUAGACAUGCGCAUACUUGUAGUCACGUGACAGAAAAUCCCUGCAAUGCAACUACUCAGCGCACGCUAACGUGUUAGGCACAGGAGGGGUACAGGAGUCUUAGAAUCACAACAAAGAAUGGAAUAACCUGGUCCUCUUUUCUGCAGUCUUUCAUCUCCUUAGCGUGUACGAAGCAGCCACACACCAUAAAUCACAUUUACACAAUUUCUGACAUCUGCGUGUUCGACAGAGAGAGUAAACUUGACACUAAUGUGUUCACUUCGCAUCCCUUUUUCUUUCAUCUGAAUGGAAGACAAACCAAUUUGAAGGUGACAACCAAGUUGUCUCCACAAAGCCUGAAAUAAAGCUGAGUUAA